AUGGCGGACCCCGACCUUCAAAAGUUGCCUCGCGCCUACACCACAGACUCGGCGGACUUGGAGCGAAUGACAUCAAACAGGGGACGCGUUACUUAUGCACCAAGCUUCCGAGAGCGACGUACGAGCAAUGGCAGAGAUGUUCGCGCACGUUCUCGUUCGCGUGAUAGCAUGUCGAUCAGAUCGACGAGAAGAAGCAUCGACCCGUCAAUCGUGCUGCCUCCACAGUUCAGAACGCUGUCGUUUGGCAUCGAAGAAGGCAAACGUCAGAGUGAGAAGCCAUCAWUAUCGUUACCAAAAAGGAAAAAGGAGAGCAAGAAACAAAGCAAGAAGCAAGCUGCACAAGCUGAGUUUGGGAGUAUCGACUACCACUUGGCAUCUGUUGAUGACUUGUUUCGACGCUUCUCGUCUUCGCGUACUUCUGGUCUGUCGAGCUCUGAAGCUGCCAGCCAGCUGAAAAUCGUCGGCCGCAACCUCCCAACUCCACCACCAUCACGAUGGUUCAAACAGAUCAUGGGAUACCUCUUCGGCGGCUUCGGCCCAAUCCUCUUCAUCGCAGCGAUUCUCGUGUUCAUCGCGUGGAAGCCUCUGGGGAAUCCCAAUCCAGCCGUGGCAAACCUCGCUCUCGCCAUUGUUCUCGUCGCAGUAUGGCUUAUUCAGGCCGGCUUCUCUUUCUGGCAAGACUUCUCCAGUUCCAGGGUGAUGGCUUCGAUCACACAGAUGCUUCCCGAAGAGUGCAUUGUACUUCGUGACGGAACACAAGUGAAGGUCGAUGGAAGAGAUGUCGUCCCUGGUGAUCUUUUGAAGAUCACCAUCGGGAACAAGCUACCAGCCGAUGUGCGCUUUGUCGAAGUCAGUAGCGACGCCCGGUUCGAUCGUUCGAUCCUCACCGGAGAGGCAUUGCCGUUGCUUGGCUCUGUUGACUCGACCGACGACAAUUUCCUGGAAACUGCCUGUAUUGGUCUCGCGGGAACCCAUUGUGUCUCGGGCACUGCCUGGGGUCUCAUCGUUGAGACUGGAGACCGAACCGUCUUUGGUCGAAUAGCCAAGCUCACCAGCACGCCAAAGGAAGGAAUGACUCCACUGCAGAAGGAGAUCUUCUAUUUCGUCUCCCUCAUUGUCUGUCUGAUGUUGACUAUGGUCAUCAUUGUGAUUGCUAUUUGGGCUGGCUGGCUACGCCAGGACCACCCCGACUGGAUAUCUGUCCCAUACUUGAUUGUCAGCUGCGUCAGUAUCGCUGUAGCGUUCAUCCCCGAAGGCCUUCCGAUUGCCAUCACAGCAUCUCUUACGAUCACCGCGAGCAUCAUGAAGCGCAACAACAUUCUCUGUAAAAGCUUGAAGACGGUGGAGACCUUGGGCGCAGUCAACGUAAUUUGCUCGGACAAGACCGGCACACUCACCAGGAAUCAAAUGACCGUCACAGACUUUCUUGUAGGCAAAGUGGCCGUUUCUGCAAGCGACUCUCGUGAGCGCUACGUGAGCAGUGAAGGCCUCAGACAGCUUGCCAACGUCAGUGCCGUAUGCAACGAAGCCGAAUUCGACGCCUCUACGAUGGACCUACCGAUUGCCGACCGAAAGGUAAAUGGAGACGCCACCGACUCUGCCAUCCUUCGCUUCGCCGAGUCGAUGAGCCUCGUCUCGGAGCUGCGCGGCGGCUGGCGCUCCAUCUUCAAGGUCGCCUUCAACAGCAAGAACAAGUUUGCCAUUACAGUCGCCAAGUCUGAAACAUCCGAUCACGCACUGUUGAUGAUCAAGGGCGCUCCCGAUAUCUUACUUCCACGCUGCACUUCGUACAUUGACACAGACGGUACGACUAAGACCUUGUCCGAAGAGGACAAGAAGACAUUGGAAGGCAUGAAAGAUUUCUGGUCUUCGCAAGGUAAACGUGUCAUCCUCCUCGCUGAGCAACCAUUGGAGAAAACCCUCUUCGAUCCCAGCGAGCAGCCUCGUGAAUAUGAGCGCGACAUCAUGGGCAAGGCUUCCUCCGGCCUGAUCCUGUCCGGACUCGUCGGUAUCGUCGAUCCUCCAAGAGCCGAGAUUCCAGAGGUCGUCCGCGUCCUUCGUGGUGCCGGAAUCCGCGUCUUCAUGGUAACAGGAGACUUCAAGCUCACGGCCGCGGCGAUCGCUGCAGAGUGUGGCAUCAUCACGCAACUUCCCGAGCACGUUGACGAUGUCACCCACCUGACUUUCGAUGAAAGCUAUCUGGAACACGCGGGCAUCAUCGAUGAGAAGUCCAGCAUUUCUGUCGAUUCCGCAAAGACUCGCUCGAUUGUGCUCAGUGGCGCGGAUAUUGAAACAUUGGACGACAGCAUGUGGACAAAGCUCGCUGCUUACGAUGAGAUUGUAUUCGCUCGCACAACGCCCGAGCAUAAGCUGAAGAUUGUUAAAGAAUUCCAGAGCCGCGACCUCACUGUUGGUAUGACUGGAGAUGGUGUCAAUGACGCUCCCAGCUUAAAGGAAGCCGAUGUUGGGAUUGCCAUGGGCUCUGGUAGCGACAUUGCAAUCGAAGCUGCAGACAUGGUCCUUCUCGACUCCUUCGCGGGUAUCAUCGAGGCUGUCAAAUACGGCCGCGUAGUCUACGACAACUUGAAGAAGACCAUUUGCUACCUGCUUCCAGCCGGCUCCUUCUCCGAGUUCUGGCCAGUGAUGACCAACGUCGCCUUCGGUCUCCCACAGAUUCUCAGUUCUUUCCUCAUGAUCAUCAUCUGUUGUUUCACCGAUUGCGCCGCCGCCACCGCGUUGGCCUACGAGGCACCCGAAGCCGAUGUGCUCUCGCGCCCACCAAGAAACGCAAAGAAAGACCGCCUGGUCAACUGGAAGCUCGUAGUACAAGCAUACGGCUUCAUCGGUAUCCUCGAGGCAGUCAGUUCCUUCGCCAUGAGCUACUGGUAUGCGCAGCGCUCUGGGAUUCCAUUCUCGGCUCUGUGGUUUGGUUUCGGGCAAGUUCCUGAGGGCAUGACCAGUGUCGAGUACAAUAACAUCCUCAACACUGCUAGCUCCGUUUAUUUCAUCAACCUGGUCGUCAUGCAAUGGUUCGUGCUAUUCGCCGUCCGAACCCGCCGUCUCUCCGUUCUUCAGCACAGCAUGAACUGGCUCCUCUUCCCCGCAAUCAUCUUCGCGUUGGUCAUUGCAAUCUUCUUCACCUACGUGCCGAAAUUCCACAAUGUGCUGCAAACAGCCAUCGUCCCAGUCGCACACUGGUUCUUGCCCUUUGCUUUUGGGAUGGGAAUCCUGUUGUUGGACGAGGCUCGCAAGUUUUUGGUUCGGAGAUAUCCAAAGAGCAUCUUGGCCAAGAUGGCAUGGUAA